AUGUUGGGCUGGAUCCAGAAGGUGCUGCCUCAGCCUCCAGAGACCCCUCAGAAGACUGAGGAGGAAGCAGAACCAGAGCCAGAACCAGAGCUGGAGCCUGAGGCAAAACCAGAACCGGAACCAGAGCCUCAGCUGGAGCCAGAACCAGAGCCAGAACCUGAAACAGCCCUGGAAGAGGAUGUGCCAGAGACCCUGACCCUGCCGCCUGAGGAGCCAAUGGAAGGGGAAGGUGUGGCUGAGGCUGGCCCUAGCCUUCAAGAGGCCCAGGAAACUAACCCUCCUCAGUCUACCCAUCAGACCCAGGUCGCUGUUGCCAAGGUGAACAGCCCCAGCUCCUGGGUGUUGACCUGGUUCUGGAAGGGCAUGGAGAAGGUCGUUCCACAGCCUGUCUGCAGCAGCAAGGGGGGGCAGAACCUGGUAGCUGGAGUGGAAGACCCAGAUGAGGCUGGAGUACAGAUUCUGGGGCCCUGUGGCACCGGGGAAACAGGGUCUGCAGAUGGCUCAGACGAAGCUUCCAGGGCUCAAGAUACUGAACCCAGCCUGUGGCUGCUCAGGUGGCUUGAACAGAACCUGGAGAAAGUGCUGCCUCAGCCCCCUAAACCCUCUGAGGCCUGGAGAGUUGAGCCUGAACCUGAGGCUGCUGUCUUGGACCCAGAUCCGCCAGAACUCCCGAUGGAGACAGAGCCCACAGAGAGUCCCUCCCAGCCCAAUCCUGGAACCCUGGAGCCUGAGGAGGAGCCAGCUGCAGAACCCCAGCCUAGUUUCCAGGCCUCUUCCCUUCCACCACCUGGGGACCCUGUCAGGCUGAUGGAGUGGCUCUUACACAGGCUGGAGAUGGCCCUGCCGCAGCCUGUGCUGCACGGGAAGGCUGCAGAGCAGGAACCUGGCUGCCCUGAGACAUGUGAUGUGCAGACCAUCAGCAUCCUUCCAGAGGAACAGGUGGAGCAUGAUCUUAUCCUGGAGGAGGUGGAUCCCUGCUGGGAGGACAUCCAGCAGGAGGACAGUGCCAGCCAGCAGGAGGACAGGGCAGCUCCGGCUUAUGAAGAAGAAAGCGAGGCCAUGGUAGAGAUGCCCAGGGAGUUGCCUCAGAUUCAAGAGGAAAGAGAAGAGGAGGAGGAAGAAGAGGAGGAGGACGGGGAGGAAGAGGAGCCUGUAGUGGGAGCCCCAUCCACACAGAUGAGAGCCCUUCUGUUUGCCACAGUCUCCUCCCUGCCCCUCCCAGGGCCUCCACCACCCCCCACCCUGUCACUUGUAUAUACUUGCCAGCUGAUGUCAGGGAGCCUCCAGCAUUGCGCGGUUGACGCAGAACUCACAGGGAAGAAACAACAGGGCCUUGGGUUAAGUGUCCUGCUGGAUAGCUGUUUGGUGGUACAGGCUGAUGUGGAUCAGUACCAGCUAGGCAGGACACAGCCACAGAUAACAUCGCUGCAGGUAGAGAGCCCCAGGGAACCUGAGGCCGAGUUGCCAGAGGAGGAGGAGGUGGAGGAAGUGGAAGAGGAAGCAAAGGAGGAGGAGGCCACAAGCUCAACAGUACCAGGCACAAAGGAGCACCCAGAGCUCCAGGUAGAGGACACGGAUGUUGAUACUGACAGUCUCCCCCUCAUCCCAGAGGAGAAGGUCCCUUCACCGGAGAGACCACCCUCUCCCACCAAAUCUGAUACCCUCAGGGUCCCGGGCUCCGCUGCAGCAGUCCACAGGAAGAAGCUACCUUCUCAGGACGAUGAAGCCGAAGAGCUCAAGGCAUUGUCACCGGCUGAGUCCCCAGUGGUUGCCUGGUCAGACCCCACCACCCCACAGGAGGCUGAUGGUCAGGACCGUGCGGCCUCCACAGCCAGCCAGAACAGUGCCAUCAUCAACGACCGGCUCCAGGAGUUGGUGAAGCUGUUCAAGGAGCGCACCGAGAAGGUGAAGGAGAAGCUCAUUGACCCCGACGUCACCUCCGAUGAGGAGAGCCCCAAGCCCUCCCCAGCCAAGAAGGCCCCAGAGCCGGCCCCGGCGCAGAAGCCCGCGGACGCGGAGGCAGCAGAGGAGGAACACUACUGCGACAUGCUCUGCUGCAAGUUCAAGCGCAGGCCCUGGAAGAUGUACCGGUUUCCCCAGAGCAUCGACCCGCUGACCAACCUCAUGUACAUCUUGUGGCUGUUCUUCGUGGUGCUGGCCUGGAACUGGAACUGCUGGCUGAUCCCCGUGCGGUGGGCCUUCCCGUACCAGCGGCCGGACAACAUCCACUUCUGGCUGCUGAUGGAUUACCUGUGUGAUCUCAUCUACCUCCUGGACAUCACCGUGUUCCAGAUGCGCCUGCAGUUUGUCAAAGGCGGGGACAUCAUAACAGACAAAAAGGAGAUGCGUAAUAACUAUCUGAAGUCUCGCCGGUUUAAGAUGGACCUGCUCUGCCUCCUGCCCUUGGACUUCCUCUACUUGAAACUCGGAGUGAACCCCCUCCUUCGCCUGCCCCGCUGCUUGAAGUACAUGGCCUUCUUCGAGUUUAAUAACCGCUUGGAAGCCAUCCUCAGCAAAGCCUACGUUUACAGGGUCAUCAGGACCACUGCCUACCUGUUGUACAGCUUACACCUGAACUCGUGUCUUUACUACUGGGCAUCGGCCUUCCAGGGCAUCGGUUCCACUCACUGGGUUUAUGACGGCGUGGGGAACAGUUACAUCCGAUGCUACUACUGGGCUGUGAAAACUCUCAUCACCAUUGGAGGACUGCCCGACCCCCAGACGCUCUUUGAAAUUGUCUUCCAGCUGCUGAAUUAUUUCACAGGUGUCUUCGCUUUCUCUGUAAUGAUUGGACAGAUGAGAGACGUGGUGGGAGCCGCCACAGCAGGCCAGACCUACUACCGCAGCUGCAUGGACAGUACGGUGAAGUACAUGAACUUCUACAAGAUCCCCAGGUCUGUGCAGAACCGCGUCAAGACCUGGUAUGAGUAUACCUGGCAUUCACAAGGCAUGCUGGAUGAGUCAGAGCUGAUGGUGCAGCUUCCAGACAAGAUGAGACUGGACCUGGCCAUCGACGUGAACUACGACAUUGUCAGCAAAGUGGCGCUCUUCCAGGGCUGUGACCGGCAGAUGAUCUUCGACAUGCUCAAGCGCCUUCGCUCGGUUGUCUACCUGCCCAAUGACUAUGUGUGCAAGAAGGGGGAGAUUGGCCGUGAGAUGUACAUCAUCCAGGCGGGGCAGGUGCAGGUGCUGGGCGGUCCAGAUGGGAAAGCCGUGCUGGUGACACUCAAAGCCGGAUCGGUGUUUGGAGAGAUCAGCUUGCUGGCUGUGGGGGGCGGGAACCGGCGCACGGCCAACGUGGUGGCCCAUGGGUUCACCAACCUCUUCAUUCUGGACAAGAAGGACUUGAAUGAAAUUUUGGUGCAUUACCCUGAAUCUCAGAAGUUGCUCCGGAAGAAGGCCAGGCGCAUGUUAAGAAACAACAAUAAGCCCAAGGAGGAGAAGAGUGUACUCAUCCUGCCCCCACGCGCAGGCACCCCGAAACUCUUCAAUGCCGCCCUCGCUGCAGCAGGAAAGAUGGGUGGCAGGGGCGCCAAGGGUGGCAAGCUUGCUCACCUGAGAGCCAGGCUCAAGGAACUGGCAGCAUUGGAGGCAGCCGCGCGGCAGCAGCAGCUGCUGGAACAGGCCAAGAGCUCGCAGGAAGCUGGGGGAGAGGAGGGCUCCGGAGCUGUGGACCAACCUGUGCCCCAGGAACCGCCAGAACCCAAGAAGCCCCAGGAGCCCCCAGAGCCUCAGGAGCCCCCAGAGCCUCCGGCCCCAUGCUCUCCACCGCCUGCCCAGGGGAAGCCAGAGGGUGGCACCGAGGAGGUGGCGGCUGGGCCCUCAGAGCCCCCAGGGCCCUCAGUGAGGAUCCGAGUGAGCCCAGGCCCAGAUCCUGAGGAGCAGACGCUGUCGGUGGAGAUGCUGGAGGAGAAGAAGGAGGAAGCAGAGUGA